AUGGCGGCCGCGGUAGCACUUCUGUGGCUAUUCCUGAUCCAACAAGGAUUAAUGUUCAAGUACUGUAUGGUUUCCGCCUGCAGCGGCUCGAUCGUGAGAACGCAAGGAACCCAUUUUGCGAGAAACGGGAGGCCCGUGUACCUUAACGGCUUCAACGCCUACUGGAUGCUGAUGGCGGCGGCGGACGCGUCCACCGCCAAAAACGUCACCGGAGCUUUCCAGCAGGCUUCUAGCGUCGGGAUGAACGUCGCCAGGACGUGGGCUUUUAACGACGGAGCCGGCAGCUAUAAGCCUCUCCAAAUUUCACCGGGCGUCUAUGACGAGAGCGUGUUCAGAGGAUUAGAUUUUGUGAUAUCGGAGGCUGGCCGAUACGGGAUUUACGUCAUACUGGGGCUGGUUAAUAACUACAAGGAGCUAGGGGGUUGGCCGCAGUACGUAGAGUGGGCAAAGGAGCGCGGCCAAAAUGUUUCUGAGGACGACGAUUUCUACACCAAUGCCGUCGUCAAAGGAUACUACAAGAACCAUGUCCAGGUUGUGGUGAGGAGAGUGAACACAAUAACCGGGGUGGCAUACAAAGAUGACCCCACCAUUUUUGCAUGGGAGCUCAUGAACGAACCUCGUUCAAAUGACUACUCCGGUGCUCUUCUUCAGAACUGGGUGAGUGAAAUGGCGGCUUAUCUUAAAUCCAUCGAUGGCUGCCACAUGCUGGAAGUAGGAUUGGAAGGCUUCUACGGAGAAUCCAAAAAGGAUCUGAAUCCUAAUGGCCUCCUCUUCGGGACCGAUUUCCUGACCAACAAUCAAGUUCCACAGAUAGAUUUUGCCACCACUCAUCUCUAUGCUGAUCAAUGGUUGCACAACUCAACACAGGAGGAAAUCGAAGCUUACGUAGACAAGUUCCUGGGCUCCCACAUCCUGGACUCCAACACGCUGCUAAGGAAGCCAUUGGUGAUGGCAGAGUUUGGCAAGUCCUCAAAGCUUCCAGGCUACAGCUUGGCCUCGAGGGAUGGCUACUUCAAAAAGAUUUACGAUUCCAUUUACACUAGUUCCCAAAAUGGAGGUCCAUUUUGUGGUGGGAUAUUUUGGCAGCUUAUGGAGCCUGGAAUGGAUAACUGGGGAGAUGGGUAUCAACUAGUCCUUCAAUACACCCCUUCAACCGCUGCUCUCAUUUCUCUGCAAUCUCACAGGCUGUCUACUCUCUCUGCAACCCAAAAGGAAUAA